UAGACGUCUGGUUGACAACGACACUUGACAGUCGAGUAGUCGACUGAGUGACGGUCCGGACAGUGGCUGCCCGCCGGUCGGUCUAUAGAAAUAUUUAAAGAUAAUAAAGGUCGGUCCACGACUAUAAAGAACAGGUUACACAUCGGAAGCACGAUUUAAGAUAUCUUAAAUCGUGGUCGGAAGGAAUAUUUUCUUUAUAAUCGUGGGUCGGUCGGAUGCAUAGAUAAUAAAGAUCUUUAUUAUCUAUGGUCGGAUAGCACAUUUUGAGGUUAUGUGUUCGUUUGUUUGGAAAGGGAAGAAAAUAAAUAUAUAAAUAAUAACAAUAUUACUUAACAGUUAACAUCUUAAACGAAGAACGAAAACAAAAAAAUUGUAAACAAACCGAAAAUGCGUGAAGUUGUUCGUAUUUUGCCGUAACAAAUACGAAGACAAAGAGUGUUUAGUGAACCUUUGCGAUCUAUUCUGAGCUAGUUUAUUAGUUGAUGAUUUUGUACUGAUAUAAUUUUAACGCGAUGAAGGCGUCCGAUGAAGACGAAGAGGAGGUGUUUUUGCGAACCGUUUUUUGUGUAGACGGUGGACCGAGGUUGUAUUAGGAGGAUUUUUGAUCGCCAAUUGUCGUAAUGUAUGCUAGUUCAUGGUUGUGGGCACUGUGGUUGCUGUUGGUCGGUGUGGUUGCAGCUCAAAAGUCUGCUGAUGCGGUGACGGCGACGUCUGUGGAUGUUGCAGCAUGUCCGGAACGGUGCGUCUGUCCGAAAAGACGUGUUGGCGACAAGUUCAGCAAAGUUAAAUGUGGCGGGCUUGACAAGCCUGUCAUGUAUCUCAGUGAGAUACCACUGGUUCAGCUGUCUAACUUUACUGGAGUCACAUUCUUGGAUCUGUCCAGUAAUGUGAUUGCUGCUCUGCCCACAAACGCCAUACCUAUUCAAACUUUACAAAAGCUAGAUCUGACUAAAAAUCUAAUUUCAAUUAUUCAAGAUGGAGCAUUUCGCGGAACGCCAAAUCUUAAAAUAUUGACAUUGACUGACAACAAACUCAGAAAUAUAUCUCAAGGCAUGUUUGAAGGGCUCUUCUCAUUGGAACAAUUAAAAAUAAACAAAAAUAUGAUUGCUCAAAUACCAGGAAAUACAUUCACAUUUUUGGUUCAUCUCAUUAGAUUAGAUAUCUCAGAUAACCCAUUAGUUUGCGAUUGUGAAAUUUCUGGUUUUCUUGAGUGGGUCAAAAAAAAAGUAAAAUUAGGACCAAAAUCUGAAUGCCAUGAACCAACUUCCUUGAAAGACACAUCUAUUAAAAAUCUACGUCUUGAUAUGUUGAACUGUGUGCGCCCAAAAUCAAAUACACCACCAGCAAUUGAAAUUAUACCUAACUCAAAUCUUAUUCUUUUCGAAGGAGAUUCAAUAGAGCUAUUAUGUCGUGCUAUUGGUACAGAUGCUCUAGAAGGUAUUAUUUUGGCUUGGAACACAAAUUCACUUAAUACUAAUGCAUCAAUAAUUGUUACUGAUGGAAAUUUUGAAAACACUGGUUUGAUACAAAGUAAUUUGUCAAUAGCUAAGCUUAAUACAAAUCAUACUGGAAAAUAUGAGUGUAAAUUGAACUCAUCCAGUGGAACUCGAAUUCAAUCAAUUUCAUUGACUAUUAUUUCAAAUAAAACUAAAUUCUGUGGAGUUGAAGAGAGUAAAGACAAUAAAGGAACAUAUUAUUGGACUCGUACUGUCUCGGAUGUAAUAACUGUUAAACAAUGUCAAGCAAAUGAAGAAGUUGAACCUUUGGCUAGAGGCACAGUCAGUAGACAUUGUAAUUUAAACGGUAUAUGGGAAGUACCUGAUACUCUAGAUUGUCCUUAUACAAGUCCAACCACUCGUAUUUUUUACACACAAUCAAAGACAAAUGUUACUCAUAAAGAUAGCUCAGAAACAGCUAGGCAAUUAUUUAAUUACACAAGAGAUCAUUUUAAUGAAAUUAAAGAUAAUCUUGAUAUUAGUUUUAUUGCAGAUAUUGUAGAUGACUAUUUGGAUGUAAUACGCAAUGAAAAAUCGUUAGCCCCAAUUGUAGUAGAUUUAAUAAGUUUGAUGGCUGAGCUACCCAGAGAAUUAUUAUUAGCUGCUCAAAAAAAUGAUAAAUCCACCUCCAGACUUGUGAAUGCUUUAGAAACUUCUUUAGAAUUUGCUUCACCAUUAAAUUCUCGAUGGACAUCAGCUAUAGCAAUGGAACAAUUUAUUAUUUCAAAGGAAAAUUUCAAUGGUCUAAUAUGUAUUUGGGGUCGAGAUCAAGAUUCUCCUACUACAAUGAAUUCAUUGAUGUGCCAUGUUUAUAACAAUGAUAGUCUUUUUCAAAAUAAAAUUAUUGAGGCGUCAAUUAAAGUACCACAUUCAUUGUUUAUGAGUGACUCAAAAAAGGAUUUGCUUAGUAAUGAAAUAAAAUUAGUAUUCAUAGUGUAUGAAGAUGGGAAAAUGUUUCCUGAGCCAAUGAUAACAGCUGAAGACAAUGUUACUUUACUGCCUACAGAAAUUAAAUCCUGCAUAUUAGUAACAAAACUAGUUGGUGUUGAAAUGGAUGUUGUACCAGAACCACUAAUCUUAACAUUACGUCAACCUGAAAAUUAUGAUCAUUAUUUAACUAUGAGACCUAGCCCAUCGUGGUGGAAUCCUUUAUCGGGUUUGUGGGAUAUAAAUCCAAACACCAGUUGUCAGCUGUCACGCAUUACUGGUGGCAUGUUGGAGUACACAUGUAAUAGAUUUGGUUAUUUUGCAUUGACCAUGAGUCCAACAUUGGUACAUAAUAUUCUUCCUCCUCCAAAAAAUAUUACUGCUAAAAAAAAAACUAAAUUAUUUGCACAUACAUCAAUUUAUAUCGGCACUUUUGCGGGAAGUACAUUUCUUUUAUUUUCAGUCACUCUCUACAUAGUACUCAAUAGCAACAUACAAAUGGCUAAAAAAUUGAAACACUCUCUUCCCAAUACUUGGUUUGCAAUGGCUAUGUUUUAUUUAAUCUAUUGUAAUGGUAUUCAUCGCAUUGAAAAUCCUAGAACUUGCCAAAUAAUAGGAUUGCUGAUUCAAUUUUUCAGUUUAGCUCCAUUGUUUUGGAUGACAGUGACUAUUAAAGUUUUGUGUAAACGUGUACAUAAGCCAUUCCUUCCAGCUGGCACACCAUCUGACGAUGGUGGUGGUAUGAAUAUUCCACAUGAAGAUGUUAUGGUUAAAAAGCCAUUACUGGGUAUCUACAUGGUUGGCUGGGGCAUACCAAUGUUAUUGUGUGGAAUGUCAAGUGCUGUCAAUUUGCCUGGUUAUGGAGGUCACGAAGGAGAUUAUUGUUUCUUAAAACCGGGUCCUGCUUUUGGUUUUAUUCUUAGUGUAGCUUUAGUGGUUAUUAUCGGUAUCUUCUUUCUCAGUUUAAUUAUUUCCUGUGUUGCCAACGAUCUCGACUCCAACGUACAACUUUCAGAAGGUACACAAGCCACUGACUUGGAACUAUUAGAUCAGACAAAUAGCAUGGUAGAACACAACAGUUGUCGCAGUCUCACAACUCCAUCAAGCAAAGUAGAAGAUCCUGAACAGUCUCCGGUUGUCCAACUGCGAUUUUUUAAUGGAACUCUAUUAGGAUAUUUGUUGACAGUUGCAAUGACUUAUUUUAAUGUAGCAGUCAUGCACAGUCCAACAAUACAACUAUGGUUGGGUGUAUGGUUUGCUUGUUUCAAUAUAUUUCAAAACUUUUUGAUAAUGUGGUUUUACAUAUUUGUACGAAAUGAUGUCCAGAACGCAUUUAUAGAACUCAAAGAACAUCGAUGGGGAAGAAAAAAAGUUGUAGAUUCAGUCCGUGCUCCAUCUAUUAGAACUGAUAGUUUUCAAUCGGUGAGACCAAAGUCUAAUAGUGAAGUGGUAUCUCUACAAUCCUUUAGAUCACCUCAGUUACAACUUGUAAUGAUGAGACAUCAAUUAAAUGCUGAACGUCAAAUUGAUUAUUAUAAUCCACAUCAAAUAACUGUAGCAAAACGAUUUUUCAAAAAGCAGCGGAGAAAACAAAAUAAUUUACCUCGACGCCCGCCACUGACUUCGCCAGAACUAACAGACAAUGGUGCUUACUAUUGUCAAAAUGGUAAAACCAAUAAUCUACGGUUAGAAUUAAAACAAAAUGGUGUGUUCUCAGACAGUGCCAUUACUGAUCAUGAGUAUGUUGAAGUAGAUGGCCGUACACAAUAUCAACAUAAAUAUAUACAACCAAGAGAUUACUCUACUGAAGAAUUUGUAACCAGCCAAAUGAGUGGUGCUAGUUGUGAAGGUAUAUCAGACAGUGUCACCGAUUGUGGACGGAACAUAAGCGAAAAAGAAACUUGCAGCAGUCCACAUGUGAUAGUGUCUGACUGUUCUAGUGCGAAUCCAUUGAAUCACACAUAUGAAACAAUUACUCCAAAAAAAGAGAGAUGGACAGAUGCUAACAAAAGAAAAAAGGACUUAAGAAAAUCUCAUAAGGCAUCUGGCUAUACACUUGCCAGAACUAAUAAAUCGGAUAGCGACGAAAAUGAUGAGACUUGUGUUUAGAAAUAAAAUUCUGUGACUAAGUUAAUGAAACUGAUAGUUUAAUGUAUAUACAUCAUGUUUUAAUAAUUAGACUGGUAUUUUUUUAGAAUUGAAGUAUUACAAUGUUUAGUAUUAUUAUUAUUAUUAUAAGCAAGAUUAGUUAUAAAUAGUAAUGAUUUAUAUGAGUAUUUAUAAUCAACAAUUCUGUUUUCUCCCUAUUACUUCCUAUGUAGAGUUAUAUAACUAAUUAAGGUAAGUUUAUAUUCUCGUAUUUAAUUAAAAAUUAAUCUCAGUUGAAUUAAGAGUGAUUUGUACAGCAAUUUAGUAAUAAAAUAAUCCCAUUAACAAAUCCCCUCAAACUAAUUUAACUAUAUAAUUAAUGAUUUUGUAUCUUAUUUAUUUAUACAUUUUAGUGAAAACUUGAAUUAUAUACUGACAUAUUUUAUUUCAUACUUAAGUAUUUUUAGUUAAUAUAAUUAUAAAAUAUUUAAUAAGUCUUAUGUUUAUUUAAGUUGUAAUUAAUUUUAAUUUUGUACCUAGUAUUUACAGGUAAUCCAGCUGUACUACUGCCAUUUUUUAUUUGUUUGUUUUUUCUUAAGUUUAUAUAAUGAAUAACAUUAAUUAUUUGUAUAUUUCUACAGUAUUAAAUUAAUGAUACAUCAUAACUAUUAUUU